CAUCUUACUGCGUACAUUUUACCCUGUGUCUUUGAGAGAUACCAGGUCCUUGAAAAGCACCACUUCGAUUACAUCCUAUCCUCCUCCACCAUCCACCAAACCCACCCGACCAGCCAGACAGGCAGACACCCCAUCAUGUCUGAAUCCCGGCUAUAUUCCUUCUCGCCGGAGACCAAGGAGAAGCUGCGCAAGUUCCGGCUCGGCACGUCCAGAGCGAAGGAUCCGCAGGCUAUUGUUUACAUAAUCGACAACAAGAACCAAGAAAUCCGCCCCGAAGAUGGCGAAGUCUACACGAAAAUGGACGAGCUGGCGGACGAGCUCCCGGAGUCGUCGCCGCGCUUCAUUCUGCUGAGUUAUCCGCUGACUUUGGGCUCCGGCCGUCUCGCAGUCCCCUACGUCCUACUGUACUACCUCCCCGUGAACUGCAACCCGAACGCGCGCAUGAUGUACGCGGGCGCCGUCGAGCUGAUGCGUAACGUGGCGGAGGUGAACCGUGUGAUUGAGGUGCGUGAGGAUGAGGAUAUUACGGGGAUUGAGGCGCGGUUGCAGAGUGAGGAUUAAAUUUAGGGAUUAUCCGGUGGGUGGUGUGGGUUGGUGUGGUAGAUGAGAUGGAGGGUGGAUGGAGUGGGAUUUGUUUUAUGCUGUGCCUGUCGGGUCUAGGUAUAGCGCUGCUUGGUUUGACGGGCAAGGAGGAGGAGGGGGGAGGGAGAAGAUUAAUGUAUUGGGUUAAUGAGGGCCGGGAAGUACUUAGAUUGGCAGAUUUAGCAUGUGUUAGGUUUCAGAUCCAUCAAUUUGAGUAGGUAAGUAGAAUAAGCAUUC